AUGAAGAAGCUCGGAAAUAAGAGGAGGCUACAAAUCGCUAUAUGUCCUGCGGUCACUGAGACCUGUACGGAUAUGGCAACUAUGCAGCUCUCACAACCUAUUGUGGAUCUUAUUACAGAUGUAUCGAACGAUGAUGAUCUAGCCACCGAAGCUAUGAAGAAUGACGAUGAUAGUAACACAGGAAGUGCUGAACUCCCCGAUGAUGUGUGCGGCGAAAUUCAACCUAAAGUACGUGUAAAUGGUCGCGUUGCUGUUAGUAGAUGGUGGGAUCAUACAUUUGAUAAUACGUCUUUACCCCUGGUAGAGCCAGGAUACGAUCCUGCCUGGAUAGAAGAGCAAGUACAGAACCCGUUAGUUCUGGGGACCACUUACGGCUGCCAUCCUCAUUACGCUGUUCAGUACAAGGACACAUAG